CACUGUCCGCUAUGGGCGCGUGGGGGUUGUUCAUCGGCACGAUGCUGACGACCUUCCCCGCCAACAUCCUCGGCGCGUACGGCAUCGACUUCUUUGAGUGCCCGGCAAAGCAGCCUCGCGGCGCUCCGGUCUGCGACGAGGUCAAGCAGAAAUCGGUCGCCUACAACAUGUUCGCCAUCGCGGGGAUCCAAGCCAUCUUCACUGCUGCGCUAUGCAUCAACUUCGCCCGCGAGGGUGUCUCGCAAAAGGCUCGCUCCGUCCUGUGCUUCAUGGCGAUCCCGGCACAUGCGUGGUUCGUGGUCAGCGAGAUCAUGAUCCUGCCCAACUGGCCGGCGGCGAUGCCGAAGGAAGGCCUCUACUUCAACAUUGUGCUCUGGACGACCUUCAUCAUCCUCUCGUACCUUGGCUGGAAAGAGUCGGGCGCCGCCCUCCCCGACACGGACGCGCUCAUUCCAAAGGGACGGUUCGGCACCCCCCUCCUCGUGUGGGCGAUCAACAAUACCAUCUCGUAUGGGUUGCCCCUCGUCCUCCUCCGCGACAAGAUGAUGGAGCAAUACGCGGUGGACUCGUUCAUGGCUGGCUUCACCCCCGACGUAAAGUUUCUCAUCGACACCGUCCUGGGCAACACCGGCAAGUUGUUUAUCAACAACACCGCGGCGGUCAUCGCGAUUUGCUCCGUGGAGCCGACCAAUGAGGACACGCUUUACCGGCUGUCGCGCGCCGUCGUUUCUGUCGGCUGGUACUACCUCGGCGCCUUUGCGAUCUGGGCGAACGUCAACUUCCUCCUCGACUUCGCCGACCCCAUGCGCACCUUCCAGUUUGUCAAGGACUCCGCCGUCAUCCAAUACGUGAACCACGCAGUGGUCACCGCGCCGAUCACCAUCAAGAAGGCGAAGUGAAAAGGGCGUGCGCCGUAUAGGCUGAGUCCCGAGAGCACCUUGCCCUUGCCGUGAGCGUGGCGCGCGGUAGCGUUCCUGCUGCACACGCUAGAAAGGGAGGCAGGUUGAUCCGCCCGGUGCCGCGGAGCGCGGUCCGGCGUGUAGAUUUGGCCGGAUUUUGCUUGCACUGUAAAGAGCUUGCGGGGGCGGGGGUCGAGAGCGAAGGCUUGCCACCAUGUAUGUAUGUAUCUGAUUGAUUGACGGG